AUGGCAACCGCAACAAUUAUGGAGUCCCUGACCACGAUGAAACAUUCUCGACCGGAACAGGAGGAGCAGAUCGAGUGCUGGGAUGACGAUGACGAUUUACAAUUCAACGAUCCAUUUCGUACUGCAUCCAGCACAGGAUCAGUAACCGGUUCCUCAUUUCGGCCUUCCGGACAUCGCGACUCAAUAUCGUCACGACGAUCUGCUCGAUCGGAUAUGGACUCGAAUGUCGGAGAUGAGGACUGGCAGGUUCCAUUGCACGAUCACGAUGAAGCUGCCAAAGAAGAAGCUCUCGCCUCGGCCAAACAAGCAGGAAUACCCAUACCUGCGAACAUCCCCAGCUCCGCUCUCCUUGGAGGUGCCAUCAAACGCCUAUCGACCCGAAAAACCAAACGGACUUUUGUAGAUGACUGGUCUGAAGAUGUGGAGCUCCCUGGCCCAGACGUGGUGCUGGAGUUAAGAAACCCGCAGGAUGCCACUUUCCCAGAUUCAAUCCGACAAAUAAAUUCAACGAUCGCAAGCCCAAUCAAAUCGACAGCUUCUUUCUCGUGGAAUGAUGAUAUCACAACGCGCUUGCAGUCAGCACUGGCAACCCUAGAUCGGUUCCAGGAUGAGAAUGAUGGUCCCAUGGGUCAAGAUGUCCCAACGCUGAAGAUGCCAGCUCCUCGAUCGCCACAGAAACCAGUACCAAAUAUGGCCACAAGCAUUCUCCCCUCUGACCAGGAAACUGCAGAUUUUGACCAAGAUCUGGAAUUGGCUCCCGAUCAACAGAUUCUGCAAUUAUCCCAUCGAAAAGAUAACACAAGAAUAUCAAGCCCUACCCUGGAUGAUUUUGACCUUGAAUGGUCCGAAGGUAGCAUCGGUGUUCGAGUCGGUGGCACUGCUAGAGAUGGUCGCUCAAUACCCAGUUCAUCAAUAUCCAUUGCCAGUCCCAGUGUAUCCAGUUGUAUCACCGGAGAAAGCGAGGAAGAUGGGUUGGAUGGCUUAGUGUUCCCAGAUGGACCACUCGAUUUUAAUGCUUCUCUCAAGAGACGAGAGGAGACAAUGUCCACAGAGAAUGCAGUCGGGGGCAGCGAAUUACCAAAAAUCCCCAAAGCAUUAGAACCGGAUGAUUUCUUCGCUGGCAUUGAAGUUGAUAACGGAAGAGUCUUUGCGUCGAACAAAUUAACCCUCAAUCCGAAUAUCAAGUGCAAAACGGAGUGGCCGGCCAGCCCAACGCGGCGGUCUGCAACUACCUUGACUUUUACUACUCCUGAUGCCGGUGCAUCUGCUACAACCACCACCACUAUAACAGGCUCUCCGCGUCAGACCACUCGUAUUCCACGCUUGUCUGGUCAUGGUCAUGAACGGCCUCUUUCUACCCAUCUUGAGACUGUCUCGGAAAGCGGUGCACCUGUUCCCAAGUUUCAAAGGUCUCAGUCUCGUCUUGGUCACGCAUCACAGUCUUCGAUUUCUAGUCUAGCCUCAACCGACCCUAUCUCAAGCUCCCCGAACCCGGCGCCGUCGAAUCGAAGGCUUCUGGGAUCGCGAACAUCUCGUAACCUGGCACCUGCGCAGAAUUCUCCUUCUGCUGCUCCGACCAGACUACUCCGAACGAAGAGGUCGCUUCCUACUAUUCGUGGCUCAUCGACCUCUACUCCAACCCAGUCCUCGCAACGAACGCCUCCCAAUCCAGAUGGAUAUACUCCUCCAUCUGCCCUCAGACCCAGGACACCAGUUGAACGGACUAUUCCAAGUGCGAGAACAUCCAAUCCAAGGGUGCCAGCAUCGUUUGGCCAGGUGAUUGCAUCUGAAAGGCAGCCGCAUCACCCAAACAUAAAAACAUACCGUCCUUCCCGCCGUCACAACUCUGAUAGCUCCAAUGACUUGCUCAGUCCGCAACGAACCUCUCUACCAGGCCGAUCAAGUCGAACCGAAUCCUUCCGUCUGAGCCUUGACGACAGCAAAGUGGAAAACGCUCUUGCAACGAACAAACGCACAAUGACUCGUCCGACAAAGCGGCGUAAUUUCGGCGAUGGAACCGAGUUAGAGUCGUUCGAUGAUUUGCCUACAUCGGUCACUGCAGAGAGCAAGUUCACAAAAAACCCAGCCGGUCGAGGGGCUCCUCGAUCAGUACGCCAUAGGCUCAGUCAAAGCCGUGCCACUCCCACUGCUGAAUCCCCUACACCAUCUUUCGCGUCUCCUUUACCAUCUAAAACUCUCAAUUCCACACCACGCUUUGCCCGCGACACAAAUGCAUCCCGAAACGCUCGAGAACAACGUAUUGCAUCUAUGAAUUCCCGGAAUCGCGAGGGCAACCCACUUAGUACAUUUACAUCCAACUGGAAAGCCAAUCCGAUUACUCGGAUUUCACCCAAUGCAGCCCCUGUUCGGAGCCGGAAAAGAUCAAAUACCAAAUCACAAUCCAAGCCUCAUUUGAUUAAGCCCAUGGGAUCAGGGGUGCAAGAGCCUAAGUUCGUCAGAGGCAUGCGCUACAACCCAGACACUUUUGCUUGGGAAGGUAACGAGAACCUCGCCCAGGAGUUUGAUGUGAUGACUGCAUCUAAAUUAUCAAAACCAUCUCCUGCCCUUAUCAGCAAUGUGGGUCCUGUGGGCAAUGUCCAGACCGUGGGUGGUAUGAUCUUUGAUCCUCAACGGAUGUGCUGGCUUCGAGCCACAUCUACGGAACCCGGGCAGCAUGGUCGAAUUGCUCUAGAUGAUGAAGAUGAUGUAUUUGCUGGUCUAGAUGACCUUGAGGACAAAGCUCCUAACAUGGGCCGACAAGGGUGGAAAACUACCCACGUUGGAGGAGAUGAUCCCAGUGCAGGCGAGUCCUCCGAUGAGGGUCCUAUCACCGAAGAGUUUGAUGUGGGACCCGAGUUCAUUCGGAGGCAGAGAGCAGAGGAGGAAAAAUGGAGACGAAAGGUUGAUAAAUGGGUCGGAUUCGAUCGUGGAGAUCGUGAUAACCAUUGGCGAUGGGCUAUUCGUGACCUUGUGACCGCUGGGAGGGAGGAUCCUAUGGUCUAA